AUGUGUCCAGUAGCUGCCGCACACCGUGUAUCGGAUAAUCCUCGGCCCGGCACGCAGCUCCCGGAUUUCAAGACUCCAAAGCGCCCGUCCGUCCCUCCGCCAGCUCGUCCUCCUCGACCAAGCACCCGUGCGGCCGUCAAGAUGCUCUACGAGCUCAUUGCAAUCGUCCGACCAGGCAACCUCGGCGAAGUUAAAGAAAUCGCCCAGACAGUCGGGUCGCUCGUCCUCCGCAACGGCGGCGUCGUCCGCGGCCUCGACAACUGGGGCGUCUUCUCGCUCCCCAAGCCCGUCUCCGUGCACCAAAUGAAGCACACACACGGGCACUACUUUGUCCUGCGGUACGACUCGUCGACCAAGGUCCACCAGGACGUGAGGACGACGCUGCGCCUGGAACCGCGCAUGAUCCGCUCGGCGCACAUCAAGCUCGGCGACGGCAAGCUGAGCACCUUGUCGGGCUUCGGGGCACCAAAGUGGAGGACCCAGGGCGGCGAGACGUGA